AUGGAUGCUGUCAUGGUUGUGCACCAGCUGCAGCGGCUCGCUGCGUCGCCGAAUCCUUCGCCGGCGGUUGCGGCGAAGCUGCCGCGGGUCGCAGUCGGGAUUUGCUACUUCAUCGAGCACCCGGAGGUCGGCGUCCGCCAGCAGGCGGCCAACGCCGUGCACAGAGUCGUCUCGCUGCAUGCGGAGUUGCUCAGAAACACGCAGGAGGGCCGCGAGCUGGAGGCGAUGCUGGAGCGCCACGCGGAGAGCUCCAAGGAUCCGCUGAUCGUCGAGAGCUGCCAAGCUACGCUGGCGAUCUUCCGCGCCGGGCGAUCACCCUCUGGAGGCGCAGCCGCGCCUGGGAACCCCCUUCGCAGCGACGGCGCCGCCACAGCGGAAGCCGCCGCGUGCUCCCGCGCCGACGAGCGAGGCCGGUCGUGGGCGCCGCUGAGCGAGAGCUGCCCGCGAAAAGAAGGCGACAGCGUGAUGAUGCGCCGCGGAACCUCAGGUCCUGCGGACCCCCACGCAGGCCACAGCGGCGUGGACCGCGAGGAGAAAAAGAGCGCGGCGAACCGUCUCGGCGAAGCAAAGGAGGGAGCGAUGUCUCCGCUCGCGGCUUCGGACCCGAGACGCGGUGGCUCGCCGCUUCCGCCGCCUUCCCUCCACGCGGGGGCCUCGCUGCAGGCUACCCACGGGCCUCUCGAGGGCGAGAUGUGCACCGUGCUGCUGGGUCUGCGGGGCUUGGCGGCGGAAGUGCGGCGCCUGGAGGGGAACGUGUCGCUGUCGAGUGGAGUGCUGCCUCCCGCGGCCUCUGCACCGCCCUCGUCUGCGACCCCGUUUGGCCUCCAGAAGUCGCUCUUCACAAAGCUCGACGCGCUGCAGCGCGAGAUCCAGUACCGACUCGUCCGGGUGCCGGGCGUGAGCAGCGCGACCAUCACGCUCAACACGCGCGGCCUCUGUGCGCAGCUCGAAACUGAGGACCUCGAUCAUCGCCCGGCGCGGGGCGACGGCGAGGAGGGCGACGGCAUCGCCGUCCUCCUCGUGCGGCUCGCCCACGACCCCAAGAAGCGCAAUCACCACCUGCAGCAGAUCCGCCUGGCUGCAGGCCCUCGCACGCUUGUCCUCCGCGCGGAGCGCGUCUACGACGGCGUCCGGCGCGGCGCCGGCGGCGACCGGAAGCGACGAGACCGGAGAGGCGGGGAACGCAGCGGAGACCGGGACACCCAGCCGCGCGCGCAGGCGCACCACGAAGAGGCGGAGGCUGGCCUCGACGCCGACGGCGGAGGCUCGCCGCCGGUCGCCAAGGGCCCCGCCUACUUGGACGACGAGGCUGUCGUGCGAGGCGACCGGAAUGACCUCGGCGGACUGGGGGAAGACGAAAGCUGCGGACGCGCAGGCGCCGGCGAGGGCCUUCACGGGUCGGGAGAGACCGCUGCCGGAUACUCCUUCUUCAGCCGAAGCUCCGUCCUGUUCAGUCAGUCUCGCUUCCUGGGGAGCAGCAUCCUGCCCUACGAAGAUGACCCCGAACUCGCGUCUAGGCUGAAGCGCGAGAAGCAGAAGAAGGUGGAAGAACGUGUGAAGCUCCUCGAGUCCCAGACCGUGCUAGAUCGCGUUUUGGGGAACAUCGGCAAAGUUCGCUUCUGGUGA